AUGAAGUUUUUUGUAAGCAACGUUAGACCAAAUGAAGACCAUAAAUGUCUAUUAAUCUUAGACAAUCAUGCUUCUCAUAGGUCUAUUGAUGUCCUUGAUUAUGCCUCUCAGAAUGAUGUCAUCAUUUUGUCGGUUCCAGCCCACACGACACAACGCGUUACGUUGUUUGAUGUAGGCAAAAUUUUUAAUAAUGCCUACCUUAAAGCUGCAACACCAACAAACGCUAUAAAAGGUCCGUAUUAA